AUGAGCGGCACAGAUGACAAGGCUGCUCUUCCAGCAGCAGACAACAUCUCGGCAGAAGUCGCCCAUUCGACUCAUUCGGCAGAUGGGGCUGCUAAAGAUGCACCGAGAGGAUUUGAACCUCCCGAGAUAAUUCGCCAGUUGACGCCAGAGGAGCGAGAGCGGCUGGAGAAGAAGCUCCUCCGAAAGAUUGACUUUCGCAUUCUCCCAAUGAUAGUGAUCAUGUACAUCUUGAACUACAUUGACAGAAAUAACAUUGCAUCCGCGAGAUUCGCCGGUUUGGAAGAUGAUUUGAAGCUUAAUUCAAGCGGUACUCAAUUUUCGACUGCAGUCAGUAUUCUCUUCGUAGGGUAUCUUUUAAUGCAAGUGCCGUCCAACUUGCUUCUCAACAAAAUGGGGAAGCCAGGCAAAUAUUUGCCCAUCUGCAUGGCCAUAUGGGGAAUCAUAUCAACGGCGACGGCCGCCGCACACUCCUUUGGAGGACUCCUAGCUGCCAGGUUCUUCCUUGGUUUUGUUGAAGCAGCAUAUUUUCCGGGUUGCCUGUACUAUCUCAGCUGCUGGUACACCCGCAAGGAAUUGGGCGUGCGCACCACAUACCUUUAUGCAGGGUCUCUCAUAUCUGGAGCCUUUUCAGGGCUUAUUGCCGCAGGAAUCACAGGAAAUAUGGACGGAACCCGUGGCCUCCGCGCCUGGCGCUGGCUGUUCAUCAUCGAAGGCGCGAUUACCAUUGUCAUCGCAAUUUUUGCCUUCUUCAUCCUGCCCGACUUUCCACGAACAACGACAUGGCUGAACAAGGAGGAAAUGGCACUCGCUACCUGGAGACUAGAAGAAGAUAUUGGUCAGGACGAUUGGGUGAAUUCUGAAGAGCAAACUAUGUGGCACGGGUUUAAACUUGCGCUGGAAGACGUGAAGACCUGGGUUCUGCUUGUGCUCCUCUUUGGAAACAUCUCUGCUGCGUCUGUGACGAAUUUCUUCCCCACCGUGGUUUCGACUCUCAAAUACAAGCCAGUCGUCACACUUUUGCUGACCGCGCCGCCGUACGUGCUCGGAGUUAUCACCACGUUUGCAACAGCGUGGCAUGCCGACAGAACAGGCGAGCGGUUCUAUCAUAUUUCUAUUCCAUUAUGCCUGGCUAUGGUGACGUUUAUCAUCUCUGCUGCCACAACCAACACAGCUGCAAGAUACGUCGCCAUUAUGCUUAUGAUUCCCGGGCUAUAUAGCGGAUUUACUACUGCUUUGGCUUGGAUUAGCAAUACCUUACCACGUCCACCAGCCAAACGAGCCGCCGCAUUGGCAUUCAUCAAUGCAGUAGCAAACAGCACAUCCAUCUAUGCGAGCUAUUUGUACCCAAAGUCGGCUGCGCCGAGGUAUACCGGAGCCUUUAUUCACAAUUGCGUCAUGGCAGCGGUGGCAAUAAUUGCAGCGUUUGUGCUGAAGAGAAUGCUAGUCCGGCUGAACAGGAAGUUGGAUAGAGGCGAGACAGUUGAAGGUGCCAUCAAUGCUGCGCCUGGGGAGGCUGUGGAGCAUGGAUUCCGCUUUUUGGUGUAG